AGGUUGCUCUUUGUUUAUGGUUUGAUUGGGUGUCGAUGUCGAAUAGGUGUUUGUUGCGUGUUGAUUGCAAUUGCAAAUGCGAAGUCGUGGAAUGGUGUUUAUUAUUGUUACUAUAUAAUUUAUUAGUGUCUUCUACAAACAAAACAUCUAAAAGAUGGCACCAAUGCGCGGCGAGCGUGGUGGUUCACCGGCGCGUGGUGCGCGCGCGUCGCUCCCGCUGCCGCGGCGGCUCAUCAGACAGAUCGCGCGACAUGUCGCGUCCAGUGGCCGCUCGCUCCGACGUCUCGAGGUGUCCGGCCGGGUCAUCGACAAUUUUGACGACAUCGACGACGCAUCCGACGAGUCUGACCUAGAAGUACCGCAACCGGCGGUGGCGUGCGGUGGCAACGCGGGCAACCUUCCCCCCGCCGAACACGACGAUGACCUCACCAGUCUCAGUUGGUUGCAGGAUAGAAAUUUACUAAGAGGUAUAAAUCUUACAAAAGGUGACUUGGAAGAUUCAAAAAUGAUUGGCCACCAUAUAGUGAUAAAGUCGGAGAUGUCGAAGACCCCUCCCCCGGUGGCACGACUCCCCUCGCCUCCGCCGACGCCGUGCAAGGCGCCACCGUCUCCCCCCGCGGCCACCACGCACACCAAGCCGCCAUAUUCGUUCUCCUGUUUAAUAUUCAUGGCAAUAGAAGCCGCCCCGGCCCGAGCGCUGCCCGUCAAGGAAAUAUACGCGUGGAUCAUCCGCCAUUUCCCAUACUUCAAACACGCACCACAGGGCUGGAAAAAUAGCGUUAGACAUAAUCUGUCGUUGAAUAAGUGCUUCCACAAGGUGGCAGCCGCGCCGGGCCUCGGCAAAGGCUCAUUGUGGACCGUAGAUCCGCAACAUCGUUCAUCAUUACUGCAGGCGUUCGGGCGGCAGCCGAUCCCGGCGCCGGCGGAGCCCGGCGGCGAGGUAAGCGAGGCGGCGGGCGGCGGUCGCGCGGCGGGCGCGGGCCCCGACCCGCAGCUGUUCCCGUUCCUGGCGCGGCGGCUGGCCGGCGAGGCGCGGCCCGAGCCCGGCGCCGACGAGUACCUGGCCGCCGCCACCGUGCUCGCCAUGAAGUACGGGCCCGCCGUGCUCGACCAGCUGCCGCCCGCAGCGCACCUGGUGAUCUCGCGGUGCGCGCGCGACGAGCACUCGUACAGCGGCGGCUGCGAGGAGCGGCGCACGGCCGAGGCGCUGCUGAACCUCGCCGGCGUCGCGCCCACGCCCACGCCCACGUCCACGCUCGCGCACGCGUCCGCGCCCGCGUCCACGCCCGCGCCCGCGCCCAGCUAGCGCGAUCGCCGCUAGGCGCGGUGCCGUAUGGUGCUCCCGGCCGCAGGUACUAGUGACGGGAGGGACGCGACCUAGCUGUUUACACCUCAUCGAGUAGCAAGUACGAGGUGCAGGCGACGAGUGAUGAUUAAACCAGUGUAACGAUCGCGUUGUUAAGAGAUAAAUGUGAGUGCGAAUUGAAGUGUCGUCUAUUUUUUACUAUGAAGUCACCUCGCUCUCGCCUCAUCCACGUGAGAACCCUAGUCACUUGACAGAGUAACGUAAAAAUUACCUCGUACCUACUUGAUAAAGUGUAAACGGUGCUUUUGUUAAACCAAUAGUCUGAGUCAUUAUUUAUGCAUCACACUAAAAGUGCUGGCUUUGCGAAACUGUAAUAAUUGAUUAGUUACCACAGGUCAUAAUAAUAAAAUAUUUAUUUAUGUGAUUAGAAGAUAUUUUAACAUAAAAAGCGUUCCGCAUUACACUGCACCAAACGCCACGCGUAUAACGAGUCUUAGUAUAAAAAUCUGCCUACGAUAAAUCAGGUUUAGUUUGCGACAAAGACGUUGAACUAUAUUAGUAGUAGUUUAAUUUUCAUUUAAUUUUUUUCAGUGUUUAAAUAUAAUUGGCAGUGAUGAUAUUUGAAUUAUAAAUGUAGUCUAAGGGUGGGGUCUCGAUACGAACUAUAGGACUUAAGUAGCUCUUGGAAAUGUGUGCUAGACGUUAUAGUGACGAUUCGUUACUAAGAUCAAUUAGUGUGUUCUGCUCAAACGGUUCUCUAAGAGUAUAAAAAUAUAUUGUUAUCUUGUAAAGUAUAAUGACACCAACUAUAUUUGAAAGAAAAAAAAACCGUCACGCAUCGAGGCAUAGCCUCAGUAAACUCAGUGAUUAAAAAAUGUUGACACAUACAAAAAGUUCAUGGAACGAGAAAUUGUUUUCAACUAAAAUUUGUUGCUUUAUAAAUUUCUAUAUUAUGUCUAUUGUCGCAGCAGUGCAAUGGACAAAAAUGUUUACCCUUCUCUAGUCCAAUGAAGACGGUGAUUUAACAAAAUCUGUGUAACAACAAAGUUUUAUUACAAUAAAAAUAAUAAUUAACCGAUUAAAUAAAAAUAACAUUGUAAAAUGAUAGAUCAAGAUACACUACUUAGAUAGACUUGUUUCCAUUAUUUUCCAAAUGUAAAAUACACGUUUUGACAUCAAUUCUUGUGAUCCAAGUCGGUUAAAAUAAUAAGUAAAUUUAAUACAAUAAUAAUAUUUAUUAGUAGAGACUUCAUAGUGAUAGUUGUGAUACUAAUAUGAAAUACUUUUUAAUUAAAAAUAAUUUGAAACUAGUUAAUUAGUACUCCCGACUUGCAUUUAGGUCCUCCAUUCAUUUUAGUCACUCAUAUUAUAUUUUUAAUGUUGCCACAUUACUGAACAUCCUAAUCAAUUUACGCCGAAUGUUGCCACAAUUAAAUUGAAAUUUGUACAACAAAUUGAAUGGAAAUGAAUUGGUUUACAUUGUUAGAUUUAAGUUUUAAAUAAAUUUUAAUUAUUUAUUUCAAUCAACUAUUACAGUUGUAAUUAUAUUUUCGAAAUGGUUUUUAUUUAUUUAUGUGUACUUUUAUAAAAAUCAUAAUACUUCUUAAUAUAAACUGAGCAAUAUAUUAUGUACUAAAUCUAUUGUAAUAUGUAAUUAUGUGAUCUGAUCGCUGAAUAUACAGAUACUGUAUACAGACGAUCGCAAUGUAUUUUAUCAUCUUAUUUAUAAAUCAUACAUGUGUAUAUAAAGCAAAAUUUAAAAAUGUCUACAUUAGUGUUAAGUACACCAUAUUUUGUGUUCAGACCAAGUGAUCUACUUCGUACAGUCGCCUACAUUUAAACAAAUUUUAUUUAUUAUAACAAUAGUAAUUAUAAGAAUUAUUAAAGCUGUGACAUAAUAUCAAACUAACGUUCAAAGUUAUAUGCUAUCUCCCCCACAUGUAGGAGGAACGACUUAAGAUUACCACAAUAUGUCUCUCAUAAAAUAGUGGUACGGUAAUGGCGUUCGCCUAAAUUAGUAAAAUGUUCUUUAUUAUUAAUAGUUGUAAAGUUUACUUUUCUAUAAAUGUACUGCAUAACUCCUCUACGUAGUAAACCCGAAUAGGUACCUAUGUGUAAAUAUCUCUCAAAGUGCUAUUAAAGCUCAACAGAACUCAAUUUUGACGCUUUAUGUGUAGUGACAUUCAAUUACAUCUUGUCAUCUAAAAUUUCGACAAAUUAAUAUUAAGUACAUAAUAUAUCAUCUUAGGUAAUACUAAAAAUAUUGUAGAAAAAUGUUCUAAUACGAAUAUUAGGCAAAUGAUAUUUUUAAAACUGCCUUAAACGUUUUAUGUCAAGACACAGCGCGGCCUACCAGCGUCAGAAUAUUGUUGACAUUACUUGAAAUGAAAAAAAAAACUUACUUCAAACGCAGCGAGGUAAUUUUCUCUCAACUCUAAAGUGCCUACUUGUGCUUCUAUUCUAUUUCUAUAAAUGUAACAAAUUUAAGAUCGAACUCGGGUAUCAUCGGUCAAUAACCAAUCAUCUGGUUUUAGUACCAUAUCGAUUUUUUUUUCCCAUAUCAAAAAAGCAUUGAAGGAGAACACCAAGUAGCAAGUAUAAAAUGACAAAGUUGAGUCUUAAGUGCACGAUGUUUAUUUAUAUUUCAGGUGUCCUAAUUUAGUAUAGGAAGUGUAACAAAAACAAAUAUUUCCAAAUACUUUUUUCUUCACCUUUGUGUAUUAAAUUUGAAAUCAAUAAUCUUAAAAGCGUUAUGAUAUAUACGUAAUUGUUAGGCAAGUAAUCAUUGAAUUUCCAGCCAGUCUUAUGGUGCACUGCUUACAUUACAUGUGACUAAUAUAAAUCAUAACCGUGGCUAGUCCUUCGUGGUCAGUCGCCAGCACAUAUAUUACUGCAUAAUGUAUAUAAAGCACUUAAAAAUCAUGAAAUUAUCGCGAAUAUAUGAACGGCGGAUAAUGAGAGUUGCAUGCAUAGAAAAAACUAGACUGAUAUGUAAUGACUGAUUUGUGAUGAAGCAAUAUUAUUUAUUAGAAAAAAUUAGUAUCUUUAUUUAAAAAUGCCCAUGUUGUUUGCCGUUUGCAACAUACAUAUUUAUUGACGCUUUUGUGCAGUAAUAAUUGUAUUGCCCCACAUAUAGGUCAUUGAUAUAGAAAAAACCAAAGACGAUUAAAAAAAUAAGAACCGUAUUGAAUUAAGAACGUGUUUAUAAUAACAUUUAUUUCUAACUAGCCAGUGACAUUUAUUGUCAAAUGUGUUUUAUAAAUUUCAUAAAAAAAAAUAUUGUCUAGACACAGAGUUCUAUAUUUACAGUAAGUAUUAAAUUUCGGAUAGACAUUUCUUAUCAAACGAAAAAUUUUUUUUUAAUUAUUUUAAACACUUAAAAAUAAUUAUUUAAUAUUUGAAAUAUAUUUAUAUGGGAAUCUGAAACUUGAGUUUUUUAUAUCUCAAUGAUACCUAUAAAAUCUGUUUUACAUACGAAUUGUAAUAAAAUAUGAAGUGAUACAACGAUAAAAAAUUAUCUUUUACGGGUGUAUAUUAUAAUGUACGGUUAUACAAAUAUGUUAUCUAUAUUCUGCGGUAUGUGACUGGAAUAACGUCGCCGAUCUUCCGUCGUGAACAUUAAGUAUGUCAUCAAAUCAACAGCACACAUGGACAGUGGUGCAAUUUGGCGCCAAAUAUUUAUUAUACAUGAAGAUUUUCCCGCUUAAUUUGAAAUUUAAAGCAAUAAAAACUAGUUGAUAAGAUCGACGGCGAUAUUCCAGCUUUGUGUGACAUUGGCCUGUAAAUUAUUCAAUAUAGUUGACCAGCCAAAGGAUGGUAAAAAAAUAUUUAACGCCAUGGGUUUAUAUUUAUGUUUGUGGAAAACUCCAAGAGUAUUUUUAACCUAUUUGAUAUUUAUUUCGAUUUAUAUUUUGCUUUUCUAGUUAGAUUGUAAAAUUGUAACGGUUAUAUUAAGGCAAACAAAAGGUCGCUGUGUGCCAAAUUAAAAAAAAAAAAAGAAAAGAAAUAACAAUAUUUACAAAAUAGGAAGCAAAUACAAAUAAAUAUCCGUAUAUGAGUGUAUAUGAUGAUUAUUAUCGAUAGAUUAGUUCGUAAGUGAUAUUACGAUAAAAGAUAGGUAUUGUAAUUACUAAAUAUGAAUACAUACAUUUUUGCUGUAUUUAGGAGCGUCUUCCAUCUUACUAGUAUUGUUUUCUCUUAGAUAUUCACCGUCGAGGAGAAAAGUGCAUGUGUAUUAUUUAUUCAGACACUUGCAACUUUUUUUAAAAAAAAAUGUAUCAAUCGCUUAAUACUCUAAUCAUGAUAAGUAUCGUUAAUAAAUUAUUACAAUAACAUAAUAAAUCUCGAAAAUGAAACAUGUUACUUUAUCUAAGCAUAGUCUUUUUUCCUCGAUUGUGUCGACUAGCCUUUCUUUUGGUGGUAUAAGGAAUCGUAGAUAAAAAUUUACAGCAAUAAUUAGUACCUAAUCGUAGUACGUUGCUGGUAGAUGCUAUAUAUAAUUAUGUGUGAUAACUUGCUAUUUAUUUAUUAAGUGCUAAAUAAAGUGUUUAUUAUAUUCAUAAACAACAUCAAAAAGUAAUCAAUUUUAAUGUUUUUUUUUUGUUUGGAAGGAAGGCAAACGAGUAUGCGACUUACCUGAUAGUAGGUCAUUAUCACACACUAGUAACACCAGAGGAGUCAUAUUUUAAAUACACAAUCGUGACUUAAAGCGAUGUAAUAACUUUUACAGGUAAAUAGUACUUACAUACAUGCUUCUUUAUUGCCAACCAAACGUGUCGACGAUCAGUUGCCAGAAUUUUAAAACUAUGAGAGUUGUUUAUGAAUAUAAAAUUGCUUUUUAAAAAGUUAUAUCAACUAUGAUAUUAAAAUUGUUGCGGCUCACGAUUGUCAAAAUCCAACAUAUUUUGAUUAAUUUAUUUUUUAGGUUUAAUGAAUUGUUAUUUAAUUUCGUGUUCUAUUUGUUUAUAAAACGACUAAUUAAUAGAAUGUUUGUUUGGAUUAAUCGUUUUAUAGACAAUUUAGCGUUACCACUAAGAUAAUUAUUAGUCAUACUAUAUUUUCUUCUCGCUCACAUGUAGUUCUUGUAAGCAGGACAGCAAUAAUUGUACGACAAAUGUUUCUUGGGUGACGUGAGCACUAGGUAAUUAGUUUCCGAACUAAGUAUGUUUAAGUAUGAAAAUUAUUGUUGUUGUUGAUAUUUUGCCGGCUUUUAAACGACACCACUCCUUAUUAAUAUUGCUAUUGUUGAGAGUUAUUGCCAAAUUUUUAUUUGUUCUAAAAUCUUUUGUCUUUGUACAUAUCCAUUAAAUAAAUUAUGUACCGAGGAUCA